UGCAUUGGUGAGAGUGACCUUUUGCAGACUGAGUUCGAUUUUGUCUGUGGGUAACCAACGAUGAGCUCUGCGACACUAACUUUGGGCUAAUCGCACGGAUCGCACAGCCUCUCCCCCCACACGGCGCCCUCCACCGACCUCUCGCGAGAAGUGGGCGCUGCGGGCGAGUAGCAGGUGCCAGGUCUCGCGAUGUUUUGGCCGCCGGUAUUGGCGAUCGCACUGUUGCUGCAGUCAGCGGCUGACGGCGGGGCAACGCGUCCAUUUUACACAGAUUUUUGUCUGAUAAAUGACAGCUGAACUGAACAAUUUAGCAGAAGAACGAACCACUGGGUAAGAGGGAGACUGCUCAGCGUGUGCUUACAGAGCCCGUGUAAGCUUCAAAUACUUGAUUAAUGGUUGAGAAAAGGAUUAAGUAACAUUUUGGAGUUUCUGGCUGCUGAUUCAAAACAGCGUGUUCAUAGCCAUCUUAUCAAGGAAGCUUAAUCAAAAGCAGAAUGCUGAACAAAUAGGAAAACAUGAUGCAACAGUUAAUGAACUGCUCUAGCAGAAGCUGACGUGUUCGCAUUUUUCAGAGAUCUCUGUGCUGCUUUACAAUAUUUGAAGAAUUCUGCACUAAACUCUUGAGUUCAGUAUAAUUAUGACUUCUCUUGGACUUUCAGUUACUGCUAAGUGAUGGAAAUCUGCACUUUAAGAUUGUGAGUUAAAUUCUGCUGAUCGUGUUGUGAAAGGUUGGGCGCUUUUAUGUGAGUCUAAAACAUUGGAGCUGGAUUCACAACUCAGAUCAAUUGCUUAUGGAAUUAUACAGAAAGUUUCUAAUACAUUACUCCCAGAAAAAUUGAAGCUAUUCCAGACACUAUUUUAAGACAUGUUGGAGCAAAAGGAAAAAGUACUUUGUACUGGUGUUUGGCUGCCGUCCUGCAAUGGAAUUUUGAGAAACGGGUACUUGUGGCCAGCCGCUUAAUGACCAUUCAUGGGACCUCCUGAUCGAAGUCAACUUUGUACUUUAUAAUCUGAUGUGAGAUGAUCUGCCACACGUAGCAGCAGAGUGUGAAAGUUUUCAGCCAAGAUGUCCUGGAGGAAGAAUUAUUUCACACCAAACAAUAAUCUGCAGGGGAUGUUUAUGCCCCGGAGCACAACUUCUAUUGCGGCAAGUAAGGGACUAAUGAAUGAACCUGGGCAAAACAGCUGCUUUCUCAAUAGUGCGUUACAAGUUCUUUGGCACCUUGAUAUUUUUCGAAGGAGUUUCAGGCAGUUGACUACUCACAAAUGUAUGGGAGAUUCCUGCAUCUUCUGUGCUCUCAAGGGAAUCUUCACUCAGUUUCAAUACAGCAAAGAAAAGGUACUACCAUCCGAUGCUUUGCGGAGUGCUCUUGCCAAGACCUUUCAAGAUGAGCAACGCUUCCAGAUGGGGAUCAUGGAUGACGCAGCAGAAUGUUUUGAAAACAUCCUCAUGCGAAUACACUUUCACAUUGCUGAUGAAACAAAGGAAGAUAUUUGCACUGCAAAACACUGUAUUCCUCAUCAGAAAUUUGCUAUGACUUUGUUUGAACAGUGCGUUUGCACCAGCUGUGGAGCAACUUCUGAUCCGCUGCCUUUUAUCCAGAUGGUGAACUACAUUUCUACAACUGCCUUGUGUAAUCAGGCAAUUCGCAUGAUGGAAAGACGUGAGAAACCUACACCUGACAUGUUUGGGGAGCUUCUGCAGAAUGCAAGCACAAUGGGUGAUCUUCGGAACUGUCCAAGCAACUGUGGCGAGAAGAUUAGAAUCCGCAAGGUAUUGAUGAACUCUCCGGAGAUAAUCACCAUUGGCCUGGUCUGGGACUCAGAUCAUUCUGAUCUUGCUGAAGAUGUCAUUCAUAGUUUAGGGACUUGCCUCAAACUUGGAGAUCUCUUCUAUCGAGUGACAGAUGACAAAGCUAAGCAUACAGAGCUCUAUUUGGUUGGAAUGGUGUGUUACUAUGGUAAACAUUACUCCACCUUCUUUCUUCAAACAAAGAUUCGCAAGUGGAUGUAUUUUGAUGAUGCUCAUGUGAAAGAGAUUGGACCCAAGUGGAAGGACGUUGUGACCAGAUGCAUUAAGAGCCACUAUCAGCCAUUACUACUUCUGUAUGCAGAUCCAAGAGGCACUCCUGUGUCUGCACAGGAGCUAUCCAUAGCGGAUCCCCAUCAGUACAGCCGAACCUGUUAUGACAGUGAAGAUUCGGGAAGAGAGCCAUCUAUAUCCAGUGACAGCAGAACUGAUUCUUCUAAUGAGAGCUACCAUUACAAGCACAGUCAUCAUGAGUCUGUGGUCAGCCAUUUCUCCUCUGAUUCACAGGGUACAGUGAUUUACAACAUGGAGAAUGAUACAGCUUCUCAAAGCAGUAGGGAUACAGGGAUUUCUGUGGAUAGAAGACGGAGUUCUAGUCGACCUAGGCGUCCUGACAAUCGAGGGAAACCAGAGAAGUCAGAUGAGAUACCCAUCUGUGGUUAUCACAGUGAAGGUGAAACAUUGAAAGAAAAACAAGCCCCAAGAACUGGACCAAAACCAGCUACUAGUCGAUUAAAAGACUUCAGAGAAACUGUGAGCAAUAUUAUUCAUAACCGACCUUUGCAUAAUCAAGACCAGUGUAAUAAUAAACCCACUCCAGCAAAAGCAGCAGACUCUGUAGAUAAUGCCAACUUGAGAAUGUCAAGUGGACGUUCAAAAGACUGGGAAAUGGAGACUACCAACUGUGAAUCCAAGUCAAGCUCAUCGAGCAGAUCCAAAACCUACCUGUGGAAACCUAAACGUGAGGUUCUUAAUAUUGACAGUAUCUUCACAAAAGAGAGAAAAAAGGCAGGCUCUAACACACAGAUGCCUGUAAUGUCAGAAGAGAGCUUUAAAGACUCUAAUCACAAUAAGACCGAAAGUUCAGUAGGAGUUGGAAGUGCUCCUUUAACAUUAGAUAAUACAAGAAAUGAAGGAAAAGACAUGCUGAUCAAUAAUAAUGACAGAUAUGAGAAAGCUGGGUGUCCAGGUAAAGGUAUGCAACAAGUUGAGUCCCAAAGUUUGGGAGAAAAUGAACGUUUCAUUCAGAGAAUGGAAUCUGGCUAUGAGAGCAGUGAUCGCAACAGUAACAGUCCAGUAAGCUUGGAUGCUACGCUUCCUGAUGGGGCCCCAGGAGGAGUACACAAUUCCAGUGUCAAUUCUUUCAGGGAAUCUAGUGCUAAGAAAGCAGUUGUUUCUGGUCCUUCAUGGAAAACUGUUCCCAAGUCCAAGAGCAGCAGUGCCUUACAACAAGAAUCAUCUGCAGCUGCCAAAAGCUGGGUGAAUUUGCAGCAAAUUUCCAUUGAAAAUCACAGUAAUCCCUUGCGAAGUGAAUUAGAUGAGCUGGAAGAGGAGAUUAAAAGAAGAACUAAAGAGGAGGAACUGAGGAGAAAGAAAUUGAGGGAAAAGGAAGCAGCAAUGGUAUUCAACCCACGGCCUAGCAAAUUCAUGGACCUGGAUGAACUACAAAAUCAGGGGAAGACUGACAAGUUUGAGAGGUCAUUGCAGGAGGUAGACUCUCUAUUAGAACAGUCUUUCCAUCUUGAACAAAAGGAUGACUUGGCUGCAGCGCUCAAUCUCUGCAAUGAAGCUGUGUCUAAACUAAGACUUGCUAUGCAUGAAGGCAAUACCAUCACACACAGCAGAGCCCUUGCUGAUAAGAAGCUGCAUAUUUGCAUGAAGAAGAUUCGAAGUCUGCAGGAGAGCAUGCAACAAACCAUCCACUCCCCUCCACCUGGGGAUCCUGUGACUGAAUGCAAAAGUAUGCAGGCUGGCCAGGUCCAAAUACUGUUAGCAUCAGAGAGAGUAAUGGAACCCAUCAGUGAGCCAGACCACAGGCCCAAAUCUUCCCCAGUCUUUCCUGCCUCCCAUCAUCAACUACAAGUCCAGCAAACACCCCGGUUACACAGCCCUCACUCCGAAUCGCAUGGCCAAGCUUCUGCUACAUUGACUCCUGAACUGAAACAGAACCAAUUUGCUCAAAAUACCUAUGAGCUUCCAACUCUUCACAACUACAAUUGGGUUCCAGGGGAGAAGAUGGAGGAGAAAUGUAUAAGGGGUACAAUGGAUGUUCAUCAAUUGAAUAAUAAUGAUGAUCUGAUGAAUGAAGAGUCAUUGAAUUGUUUUCCACUUGAUCACAAACUGAAAAUGAACAAACAUGGCUCUUUACCUUUGCUUACUGCUGAACAUGGAGAUGUGAGUCACACAUUUUCAUCAUCAUCUCCCCACAGUCAGGCGUUAACACAAAAGGAUGGAAUGCUUAAGUAUCCAAAGAACAAUCCUCCUGUGCAUUUCAGUUCAAAACAACUUGAAUAUAACACAACUGACUCCAGUAUAUCUCAGUGUACAACCUUGUCUUCUACAAACUUGAACUGGUUUCCUGCACCGUCGUCUACCCAUGAAUCGCACAGAAGCGAUUUGAAUUUGGAGUUCGACUCAGAGAUUGAAGGUGCCCUUUCACCAAAGCUCAAGCCAGCAGUUGAUAUGGGUAAUGUAAAGUCAAUGAUAGCACCAAUUCAAAGAUUAAAUACCAGGUUGGGACAGGAAAGUGGUGAUGGCAAUUAUAAAAGAGCAUAUUCCAAUUUUUGGCCAAAGAAAAUUGAUCAGGAAGUUUUGCAGCUACCUCUGAAUAUUAAUCAACAGGUAGUAAUUCUUCAGGGCAAGGAUCAGUUGGACAGUGCAAAGUGGCCUAGUGAGAGCUUAUAUUCUCCCCAGGUUUCAGAUGGACCUUUAGAUUGUAAAGCUGAGGUGUCUGUUCCUUCCUAUAGAGCAAAGACUAACACUGCUGCAAGAGAUCUGAGCUGUCUCUCGGAAAGACCAGGUUCUUCAUCUGAUCCUCUGACAGAUGAGAUAUAUAAACAAAGAUGCCUAAACACUGUCCAGUCACUUUUCAGAGAAGCCUGUUCUAACAACAACUCUGUGCCAAUGAGGCAGCAGCUUGGGUAUUCCACGAGUCCUCCUGUAGCUGUAGACCAACGGAUUGAUGAUAUUAGAGAACACUAUGUGCCUCAGUCGGUUUGCCAAAGCAGUGAACAACAAGACUUGCAUGGUCAUGGGCAACAAGUGCAGUUGAUUGAUAAUAAAAAUCAAGACCUGGAACUUGAGUUUUCAGAGUUGGAAUCCCUUUAUCAAGCAAGUCUGCAAGCUUCCGAGAGUAGAAGAUACCUACCAAGUAGACAAUCGGCUGAGAAGGCCACCAAGCAAAAUAGCACAAAACCAGUUUCUGCAGUAAAUGCUACAAGAAAACACUCCUCUCUCCCUGAAAGAGGGCGAUCAAAGACCCCAACUGCAGAGAUUGAGCGCAAUGCUUAUCGAGCAGCUGUACCAGUGAGCACAAAGGUGCAUUUCAAUGAGGUUGCUCCAAGAGAAAAUGUGGAAAAUGACAGUUACAGUGCAGAAAAUUUCCGUCGUAUUGCUCGGAGCAUGAGUGGAACUAUCCUUGCUAACCGAGAGAACCCUGUGAUUAUCCCUCACAGUAUCGAAACAAUGGCAACCCCAAGAAAAGAAGUGGAGACUCGAAAAAGAUCAGUCAGUUCUUCUUCCUUGACCAUAGCCCGGGGCCCCUCCCCUGAUCCUCUUGUGUUAGCCUCUUACCCUCAACAUCAACCCUUCCUACCACAGCACCUUUCGUCUGAUCCACUGCAGCCCAACAUGUCUGGUGAUGCAAACAGAGCUUCAGGCAAGAACAUCGAAAAAUUUCUGGCUGUGUUUGACCGGGGUGAAGCUCUCAACCACGAGAACUACCAGAGUGUUGCAGUGAACUAUGGUACUCUGCCACGUUCACAGAAGAAAUUGACCUUAGGACAGAGACCUAUCAGAAAAGACCAGAUUAAUGUUGAAAACGUAAUCAAGCAAAGACUAACUCAAGCAGUUCUUCCUGACAAGACUAGGGCAGAGCAACUUUGCAAAGUUUCGCCUCACAUGACAUCACUGAGUCGACCACUGCACCAAGCCAAGCAUGAGCUGCCUGAUAAUUUUGACACUUUUCCUGUGCAUUACAGACUGGGACAUGGCAUUGGCCAGAACACUCUUCCAAAAAGCAACAGUAUGGCAAAUACUUUGGACCUUCAGAAAUACCCCUGCAUGAAGUCUACACGGUCCAAUGUUCCAGGUCCAGUCCGUCUUGAUGUACCUCCCGAUGAGGACUGGAGGAAGGCAGUUUAUGUCCGCCCUCAACAUGGUGAUAGGACGGGAUUGCCCAUCCGGACUGUUACAAGGACCAGUGGUAUUGGUGUACAUACAAAAUGGCCAGCAACUAAGCAGACUACUUCAUGGCCUGCCACUAGGGGUCGCCUGUGUGCUCUGUGCCAGCUGGCGCACACAGAUGCUGGUGAGUUCUACUGCCGGAACUGCAGUUUGUACAUGGCACGAUUUAAACCUCAGCACUGAACUUUCUAAUCGACGGCAGGCCAAAACACAUGAUGGGUUUCACAGCAAUUGUCUUAAAAAGUAGACUUUAAUGCUAGGACUAAAGACUGGUACUGCUACUAACUGAAUGUAUAGUAACUCUGUAAAAGUUGUCACUUACCAGCUGUGAUGUUGAGAAUUAAUUGUGAUUUAAUAACUGGUAUAAAUGAAAAAUGAAGGCUAAAGAUGGAAUGUAUUUAAAUUAUAAAGCUCAAAUUUAAAAAAAAAUCAUUGUUAUUUAGAAAUUAAGUUUAAAGUUCUGAUGCUGGAUGUAGAAACUGCACUACUGUCCUGCAGAUGUACAUAAUUAUUUUUUGCAAUAUAAUCCUACCAACCAGUCACUGGUUACUGAUAAGUUGGAUCUUUACACUAAUGUGGAAUGUGGAAUACACAUGAUCAAAAUACAUUCUGUAGUUUAUAUGUUGUCAAGUCAUAAACCAGAAGUCUUCUGAAGUUAUUCUAGUGUACAAUUUAAUUCAACUGUUUAACUCCAUUUAAAAUUAAUUGUUGGAAUAUGUUGUGUUAAAAUAAGUAUAUAAGACAAACCACCUUUUCAAUAUUUCUUAACAAAAACCUCAGAUUCUUUGUAGGGCUUGGUGGCUUCAACAUCUCAAAAUCGUGAUCUUAAAGUUUUUGAAUUUGCCUGCCAGAUGUUUGAAAUAAAGACAACAGGAAAUGCUGGAGAUAAUCAACAGGACUGCCCAGUGUAGAGAGAAAGAGUUAACAAUAGGUCAUUAGUCUGAAUUGUUAACCCAGUUUCUUAUUUACCAGAUAUUGCAUGACCUGCUGAGUAUACCAGUACUUACCUUUUUUGUUUCAGAUUUUCAGCAUCUGCAGUCGAUUUUGUUUUUAGACUAUGGAUGUUUAAUGUUUUUGGCUAAUUACUUUUCUCUCAUAUUUUAUCAAAGUUAUUUUCCUAUUUAAUGUAAGGUUAUUGGUUUUACUACAGUAAUGGAGUGAGGAGUUGAUUGGAUCAGUAGGCCUCUGUAGAAUCAGUUACUCUCUGAAAGCUGUUCAUUCUUUUAAUGUACGUUUCUGCAGCAAGUCACUGUCAACUUCGCAUGCAGAAACCAUUCUAUCAGUUAGUGCAUUUAAAGUGUAUUAAAAGACAAACCUUUAUGCAAAUAAAUACAGCUUUCUGUGUAGGUUUAAUACAAUUCUGAUUUGUUUAGUUGCACACUUUGCUUCUUGCCAGUUGUGAGCAUUUCUUUUUCAUAACACAUAUGAAGGAGCUAAAAUGUAUUGACAUUUUAUUCACUGUCCUGUUGAGAUGUAUUUAUUAGAAACUAUAUUUGAUUGUGGGUCUGAUGUAUGAACAGCAUUUCAUUGAAGGCCAGUGGGAUGAGGUGCUGUUAGAAUAAUGGAGGGUGGAGCUGAAAUGUAAUUAUUAAAGUGCUUGUGUGUAUGAUGAUGUGACAAAUAAUGGAAAGUGAGAUUGGUUGCAUGAAGAUCAGAUGAUUAGAGGAAGUUAGGAGGCAACAAGGUGGUCAUAUUCAGAGGGUUCAAGUCAACCACCAUCUCCUUGAUUCGGGGGAUUGACUCUGAUUGUCCUCAAUGCACUUCUACUCAUCUGUUAAUAUGAUGUGCAUUAUACUGCUUUAUGGAAGUUCAUAGAGCCUCGCCAAUGUACCAGACUGCUGAAGAUCGAUUGUGAAGUGUCAACAGUAAAUGCUGACUGUAAGCUGUUGUGUUGUCUGCAGAUACAUGGAAGUAAUUGUGCCACUGGCAAAAGGAUAUAACAAAGUAUUUUUCUGGUGUUCACAUCCCCAUGUAUAUAUAAGAUUACUGAAGACAAAGGUUACGGGUGUACAGUUGUGGAUUUGAAGAUUUUAUUGUAGAAAAUGGUUUGCAGAUUUUUACUGUACUUUCAUACAUGUCUUGCUUAGAAGUGCUUAAUAUUAUUGCUAAUGUAUUCUUGUUAAAAUGUGUACAGCUUUUACAGCCUACGAAAUGUGAACUGGAAUAUUAUGUACCAAUUGGUAUUUAAUUGCAGUGCUAGGAAAUGCGACUCAUAUUUUUGCAAUAAAGUAUCCAAA